AUGUCCUCUGAUUUCAGGGUGUCCAGAGAGCAGGUGAAAGGAGUGCUUUGUGCUGACGAAUCAGGCUUAAAUGUAUGUAGUCGUGGAACACUCAGUAAUGCAACGGGUGAUGCAGUAGUUAAUUUAUUAAAAUUUGCUAGCAGUCUGGAGCCAAAUUUACCCACGUCAUCCAUUGUCAUCGAGCUUGCAGGUAUCGAUGGCAGUGGACUCUUGAUAACAAAAGAAGGACCCUUAACAACAGCGGUACAUCGUGUUGAUAGGAAGAGUCGUGAUUUUGAUUAG